AUGAUUGAAGUUGGAUGUGGUCUUCAAAACAUGAUGAAAAAUGCUUUGGUGAUCCGAAUCAACUUGGUUGUUAUUGCUUUCUUUUUCAUUGUUUACGUUACCCUUCUUCUCCAGCCAUCUUCCUCCAUCUACUAUGAGAACGCCUCUUCUCUUUUGAGGUGCUCAGAGCGAGAGUGCCAUUACAAAGUAGAUAAUGGAGUUAAGAUCAUGAUGAAGCCAGUAUUGGAGGAGACCAAAGGCAACAUACCAAGGCCUAAAGGCAGUAUGAGCAAGAUAGAGGUACCAAGCUUUUUGAAUGGAACUUUGGGGAAGGGGAUGAUGAAAUUUGCUGUGGUAAAUAUGGAUGAGUAUGAUUUGCGUGAGUGGGAUAAGUUUGGAAAGACCAUACCAAUCCAUUUUAACCACAUUCCAGAUAACAUCAAAUGGGAUGAUUUGUUUCCUAAUUGGAUCGACGAAGAGGAAGAGAGUGACGUCCCAACUUGCCCAAAGAUACCAAUGCCGAAUAUUCAAAUAUAUGAGAAGAUGGACAUGGUGGUUGCUAAGUUGCCAUGCAGGUAUCCGGAAGAAGGGUGGAGGAGGGAGGUGUUUAGGCUCCAAGUUCAUCUUAUAGUGGCUAAUCUGGCUGUGAGGAGAGGAAAGGGGGAUGGGAAUAGGAAGACAACUAAAGUGUUGUUUUGGAGCAAUUGUAGGCCUAUGUUGGAGAUAUUUAGGUGCGAAGAUUUGGUGAGACAGGAAGGGAAUUGGUGGUUAUUUGAGCCAGAUAUGGCUAGGUUGCGGCAAAAGGUAUCAUUGCCUGUUGGCAGUUGCAAUUUGGCUUUGCCGUUCUGGGGACAACAAGUGUAUGAUCUGGCUAAAAUCCAAAGCACAACAAACAAACCCAAGCGAGAAGCCUACGUCACAGUCCUCCACUCCUCCGACUCGUAUGUUUGCGGCACCAUAACCCUAGCCAAGAGUCUACUCCAAACCGGUACCAAACGUGACCUUGUCCUUCUCUUGGACAACACCAUCUCCGCCCCUAAGCGUGACGCUCUCUCAGACGCCGGGUGGAAGCUCCACGUCAUCAAACGAAUCAGAAACCCUAAAGCCAAAAACGGCACCUACAACGAAUACAACUACAGCAAAUUCCGCCUAUGGCAGCUCAUCGAAUACGACAAAAUCAUCUUCAUUGACGCUGACAUCAUCGUUCUCCAAAACCUCGAUCUGCUGUUCCACUUUCCACAAAUGUCUGCCAUCGGCAACUCUGUUUACCUCUUCAACUCCGGCAUCAUGGUAAUCGAGCCUUCCAACUGCACGUUCAAGUUUUUAAUGGACCACCGAGACGACAUAGUCUCAAACAAUGGCGGCGACCAGGGCUACCUCAACGAAGUUUUCAUAUGGUGGCACCGAGUGUUGAAUAAGGUGAAUGCUAUGACGUAUUUUUCUGCGAAUAGGACAAAUAAUACGACCAUUCAGGAUAAGCAGUUUGGUGCUGACCCACCGAAGAUAUUUGCGAUACAUUACUUAGGGUUGAAGCCAUGGCUCUGUUAUAGGGAUUAUGAUUGUAACUGGGACACCAAAGAGCGCCAUGUCUUCGCUAGUGACGUGGCGCACGAGCGGUGGUGGAGGGUUCAUGACACCAUGGACGAGGGUUUGCAGAGGUUUUGUUGGCUGACGAAGCAGAUGAAGGAUUAUUUGGACUCGACACGAAGUGAGGCGAGAAAAUUAAGGUUUCCUGAUGAGCAUUGGAAGAUCAAUAUCACAGAUCCUAGGCAACACCAUUUAGUGGCAUAG